CACUAAGUAACAAAAACCACAUCACUUCAUAUAGUCUCUAACUUAACUCAAAAUCAUUCAGAAAAACCAUGAACAUUCUUAACCAUAUCAUCCCCUUAGACUUCGAGAACGUCAUCAAACUUCCCGAUUCUCACAAAUGGAAUGAUGAUCACCGAUCACCUGUUUGCCGAUUUCCCCAUGUACAAGUCCCCCUCAUCGACCUAGCCUCACCGCAUGCAGCUUCCCUUAUAAGACAGGCCAGUGAGGAAUGGGGUGUGUUUCAGGUCAAAAGUCAUGGCAUUCCCAUGAGUCUUCUCAAUCAAGUAGAGAACCAGACCCGUCGGUUGUUUGCACUGCCGGAAAAGCGUAAGCUGUUGGCCAUCCGAUCACCGGGGGGAUCAAGAGGGUACGGGAUGGCCCGCAUCUCCUCGUUCUUCCCUAAACUUUUGUGGUCUGAGGGAUUCACCAUUAUAGGGUCACCCGUGGAACAUGCUGUUCAACUUUGGCCACACGAUCACUCCAGUUUCUGCGAAAUAAUGGAAGAGUGCCAAGAAGAGAUGAAUGGGCUGAGCGAGAAAUUAAUGAGUCUGAUGUUUUGCUCAGUAGGCUUAACAAACCAGGAUGUGAAAUGGUUUAAGCCCACAAAUGUGUGCAAAAACCCACAACAACGUGUGCUUCACUUGAACUCAUACCCUGCCUGCCCAGACCCGGACCAGGCCAUGGGCCUAGCACCUCACACAGACUCAUCACUUCUCACUUUGCUCUACCAAGGAAACAUUGCCGGACUCCAGGUGCAUAGAGAAAACAUGGGGUGGGUGCCGGUGCAACCGGUGGACGGUUCUCUGGUGGUUACCGUCGGUGACUUGAUGCACAUAAUCUCCAAUGGCCGGUUCAAGAACUGUCUACAUCGGGCUGUUGUGAACCGGACCAACCACCGAGUCUCCAUUGCCUAUUUUUAUGGACCACCGAGGGAUGCCAAGGUCUCUCCAUUGAUGAAGAUGAUUGACACUGAUCAUCAUCCCUUAUAUCGCCCUGUUACCUGGAACGAGUACCUCCAUAUCAAAGGAACAUACUUUAACAAGGCACUCGAGUUAAUUCGUCUCAAUGUCGAUACCAAACUGGGCUGAGACCCCCCCUUGUAGUCAUUUGUACUGACUUUGAUCGAAAUAUGACCACGUUUGAAAUUGUUAUGCAUUACUGUUUUGCUACUGUGGAAGCAUAUUAGUAUUUAGUCAUCAUUUUCAAAUGUAAUGUGCAAUAGUAACGUUGCUACAGGUGAAAAGUACUACAU